CGCGAAGCACUUCCGUCCGCAAAACAACUGAACCCAAAUUACUCCUUGGAGUGACGCGCGUGUGGCAAGAGCUGUGGAAGACAAUAUAGAUAUGAACUGUUCAUCUGAAAAUACCUUGCUAGAAAAAUCAGAACAAGAAGCCCCUGUCUGUGUUGGAAGUGUAGAAAACAUUAAGAAGGAAAAAAGAAUAACUGCAGUUGUCAGUGGAAGAGAAGUUGUAAUCUUUUACCAUGAAGACAAAUUUUAUGCACUGGACAUGCGAUGCUACCACGCAGGAGGACCUUUACAUCGUGGAGAUAUUGAGGAAAUUGAUGGACGUGCAUGUAUUGUGUGCCCGUGGCACAAGUACAAAAUUACUCUGGCAGAAGGAGAGGGCCUUUAUCAGUCAGUAAAUCCCAGUGUUCCAACUGACAAACCAAAGUGGUGCUCAAAAGGAUUAAAACAAAGGACUCAUACUGUUACAGUAGCAAAUGGGGAUGUGUAUGUGACCUUGUCAGAUACAAGCACCAGCAUGGAUUCAGAUAUUUAUGCAUUAGGAAGCUCUAAGAAAACAACUGAUAAAAAAUAAUUUGUUUAGAUCAUCAGGUCAGGCAUACCUUCUUAAUAUCAAUUAAAAAAGACUCGCAUACUUGCUUAAAACACUGGAACAGAUACUUCAAAUAAGGGACACUGAUGAAAAUUUGGACCAUUCCCUUAGUUAAUGCAGUAAGAGACUGUAUCAUAGUGUAGCCCUGAAACUAACUAGAUCUACAACUUUUAUGUGUGAUGGUAUGUUACGAUUUUUUAAUCAUUAAGGUUCUGUUGCAGAAACACAGAUUGUUAGGGUUGCUUUGCUAAAAAGCUGUUGCUAUAAAAUCAGGGACAACAGUAGAAAUAAGAUAGUGAACUGUUGGACUGUGAGGUCAUAGCUGAAAAAAAAAAGAGUCAGAGGAUCACAACACUUACCUGGUAAACAAAUAGUUAAAUUAAUAGGCGAUGUUCAAGCCCUUACAAUGUCAUUUACUUUGGUGAUACUGUCAAAGAAGUUUGUAAGAUUUGCAUAACAUGUCCUACCUGUUGUGGAUUUCUGCUGCUUGGAUUUUAUGUCUCACUGUAGUUGAUUUUUUAUAAGUCACUUCAGUGUAACAACCACUGACAUUAGUAUCAUUGUUUUUUGCCCUGUUCAUGAAGUGGCAUCUCAAACACCUGCAUUCCUCAUGUUGUCCUAUUACUCCAUCCUCCAGUAAUGUUUCUAAGAGAAUUUUCAGGAGGGUGACUUAUUCAGAAUCCUGAGGUGAAUUAUGUUAAGCAUAAAUGCUUUGUCCACCUUCUGUGUUAAGACUGGGUUCUGAACCCUUAGUCGUGUGAGGAGACUCGUAUCAGAUCCUUCUCUUAAGAAUUUUCUUCUCGUUUCAUUUUGCAGUAUUCCCAUAAUUUUUCACAAAUGGUCAAUAGGAAUACCUAAUCGUAUUUUAAAUGGUAACUUUUCAUUGGAUGAUCUUGCAGACACUACGGCUACCAGCCUUCUCUGCAUAAUUCUGUGACUUCUCUUACCCAUGCUACUAAGCAAAUUUGAAAUUCUGAAUCUCUAUCUUUCUCUUUUGCAACAGAUGGUUUUAGACAAAUUUUUCUGAAGAUCAUUCAUUAAGCUUACAGAUGGCAGUGGAAAGAAAUCCCUCCUUUCCAGGGGGCAAUUUCUCAACCACCAGAUUAGACUUCCCUUUUCCCCCCUGUCCUUCAACAUAUGCUGUCUCAGGGAGUGAUAACAACAGCUCCUCCUUCCCAUGUUGGGAAAGGUUUUUAUUCAAGGGUGUUUUAGUACCAAAGAAAGAAGAUGCUUGGAGACCGGUUCUGGAUCCUUUUUCCUAAACCUGUUUUGUGAUAGUGCCCAAGUUCAAGAUGCUGUCACAACCUUUUAUACUUUCCGCUUCAUUUAAAUUUCCUGGUAACAGCUGCAUUUAAAAGAUGCUUAUCGUCACAUCCCUAUUCAUUCAGACUUCAGGAGUUUCUUAAUGUUUUGUGUGUCUGGAUUACAUUAUCAGUUCUGUGCCUUAGUCUUUGGGCUAUCCACUGCACCAGGAGUAUUCACAAACUGUAACUCCACAUCUAAUGUUGUCUGUUUCAUUCCUCCUCACAUAUGGGUUACGGAUCCUACCCUCGGACCCAACUCAGCCACAUUUCUUCAGACUAGGAUCCAAGACUCGUGCUCCUCCCACUUCCCACAGUGCCCUGCACUCCAACCAACCUUCUCAGAUCUCGUUUGCCACCAGCAUAGUCAGACGUGGUUGGGUAGUCUCGAGCAGUUCAGUGGAGGUUUUGUGUUCUUCUCAUUAGAUAAGUGCCUUUCUCUCUAGAUUUAUAGAUGUUCUUCGUGUUUCACUGUUGCAGUCAUUACAUUUGGGUAAUCCUGCUGGCAGGUUGCCCUCA